UCAUGAUCUGAACAUAACCUUGGAUCAGUGGCGAAGUGUCAGGUUUUAGUCGGGUGUUUCGAAUUUUGAUAUUGACAGUACAUAAUAUUUUAUGCAAUAUCUUGUAUAUUAAUACUGAAUAUAAAGUGAACUUGCUUCUGUUUUGUUAAUUUAUUGUCACCAAUCAUCACGAUCAUUUAUAAUCAAAAUAACAGGUCAUAAUGGACAAAGAAGAAAUAUGCCAAUAUUUCAACAGCAUUAUAAAAAAUGAGAAAGAUGUUUCUGCUGGCAUGGCUGCCAUUCGCACCUUAUUGAAAGUAUUAAAACAUUCUAAAUCAGAAACAGUUCAGGAGCUUCGAAUUUGCUUACAGCAUGCAAUUGACGCUAUGCGCUCCACAGAAACUCCAGUCACUGCGAUUGCUUCAGGAAGUGAAUUGUUUCUCCGUUUCAUCACAUUAGCGACAUUGGAUACACCUUCGAUCGCAGAAUGCAAAGGGAUCAUGUUGGAAAGAGGAAAAGUAUUCUAUGAGAAAUUAGUUGCAGCUCGAGGAAAAGUAGCCAAGGUUGCAGCACACUUUAUUACUGAUGGCUCGACUAUACUUACGCAUUCAAAAUCAAGAGUAGUGCUACAAGCAAUGAAGGAAGCUGCUGCAAGUAAUAAAAUAUUUGAAGUGUAUGUCACAUCAACAUCUGACAAUAAUGGAGAAGAGAUGUGUCAGAGCUUAACAAAGUUGGGAAUAUCGUGUACAGUGAUACUAGAUUCUGCAGUAGGAUAUGUGAUGGAACACAUAGAUAUGGUAAUGGUUGGAGCAGAAGGUGUUGCAGAAAGUGGUGGUGUGAUUAAUAAGGUAUAUACAUAUACGAUGGCUAUAUGUGCAAAAGAGGUGAAAAAACCAUUUUAUGUAUUGACAGAAAGCUUCAAAUUUUCGAGAAUCUAUCCUUUGAAUCAAAUAGAUUUACCUAAUGAAUUUAAGUAUACAUACAGUGUACUUUUAACUAAGAAUUUGAAAAAGGAGCAUCCCUUGGUAGAUUAUACUCCACCUCACUACAUCAGUUUAUUGUUCACGGACUUGGGAAUUCUAACGCCAUCAGCUGUUAGUGAUGAACUCAUAAAAUUAUACUUAUAAUUUGGAGACAUUUCUGAGUGGUGAGUUUUCUAAAUUCUGUUUUCUAAAUUCUACGAGUUAACGAGUUAUGAUGUAAAGACAAUAAUUUAAGUCAUUAUGCGAAAAUUUUGUCUGUGGAAAGUGUAAAGAUAAAGUGAAAAUGUCUGUUGUAUGUUUUCGUAAAAAAAUAAGCGCGUGUGUAUAUAUACCAGUAUAUAUACCAGUCAAAAGUUUGGAUGUACUACGCGAGUUUCUCUAUUUAUUCAAUAAAAAUGAUUUCAUGUAAUGGAAAUGAU